UUGCUCGCGGCGGCCACUCAAUAUGCGAACUCAGAAGCGUUUCUCAGCAUGGGGAAUGCGCGUAGCAACUUCGCCGGAAGCCAAGACGAGAGGUCACACCAAAGCCGCUCCAUCUGUCGGCACAGCAGAGCUUGGCCCCGCCACACCGCCCCGAGGAUCAAGCAAGUCCUCUCUGGCAGCCGUCAAUGAAGAUGAGGCCCCCGCUGUUGCCAAUGGCAGGCUGUUUGCUGGCAAUCCCUCCUUGCGAGCACGACACGCUUCGACUGCUGUCGAGAAAGACAAGGGGUUCUCGUUCGCUACCUCGCUUGCCCGGCCGCGCGAAAAUCAGAAAAGGGGCAAUCGAGCCGGUGCUGGCCAUCUGCGCAAGCCAUCCAUCGCACCGUUGGGGUUGCUCACGCAGAAGCGCGGCUCAGUAUGGCUCUUGCUACUCACGCUCGUUCUUUGCAUGAUCGGUCUAUGGCGAUAUGCCUGGCCCUGGUUAAUGGGACGUUCUUACGGCGACAACGACAUUGUCAUUCAGCGCGCGACUUACGUGCCCGUCGAAUACCAUCACAUCGAUACAAACGUACAUCUGGCUCUACCAGACGAGACGCGCGUCUUCCAUGUGACGAAAGAAUUUGGACCUGCCUCAAUGGGCGGCAUGGGGACAGCCUUGACUGCAUUGGCCAUCGCCGAACAGAACUCUCCUCGCCUCAAUGUAUCAAUAAUCAUGCCGUACUACUCGUAUCUCCGCGAGUCGCUGGAGCCCCGUCCACGAACUUUUGCAGAGCUCGCAGUCAAAACAAAGCUCAGCGGCACGGAGCAGACCGUCAAUUGUCACAUUUACAAAUAUGAAUGGGGCUAUCAAGUGGACGAUUUCCUCAACCCGGACGAGAUCGAGCGAGCGGAGCGACUGGAGCGGAUGCAUAUUGACGUUUAUCUCGUCGGUCCAGGCGACAAAAAGCCUUUCAAGAAUGCGUUCAAGGCUAGCUCGGCUCAAGACGUCUACUCGUCAUAUGCACCUUUGCCACAAGAAUGGAAAGAGCUCUGGUUCGCGAAAGCAGCUGCCGAGUUUUUGUCAUUCCUUGCUACCGAUACUGGCGCGUCAGUGUUCGAAGCCGACGAGCAAGACUCGAAUAGCGAUGAGGACGUGCGAACAGGUGUUGAUAUUGUUCAUUUGCACGGUGCAACGAACGCAUUCGUUAUGAGCUAUCUUGAUGAAUACCAAGGGCGCAAAUUCCCAGGUCACAAGGCGCCAGCUGUCGUCUACACCCUCCACGACUACACGGACGAAUUAGAGUAUAGCAAUUGGCUCGCAAACAUGCGGCCUUUCUUUGAUAGUCUCGACACCCACCACUUCGACGAAUUUGUGCACGGUCAGCGCGUUUUCCCUUCGGCAAUGGCGAUAGAGCGAGCAGACGUCGUUACACUUGUGUCCGAGCCGACAGCUGAAGCGAUGGUCGAGGCUCGCUUUGACUUCUACCUUAAGGAAUGGGUAAUGCCUGCGAUACAAGCUAAAGCGACGCAAGGCGAUUUUGUCGGCAUUACCAAUGGUCUCGAUUUUACUGACCAUGAGAAGAACCCAUUCUCGUCUGCCUUGCUACAGAAACAUGGCGUAUCCUUUCCCCGCGUGGGUGGCGAUGCCUUGGUUGACACACACACAUUCGAACGCAGAGACGCUGUCACAUCAAUACUGCCUGCCUCGUCGUUCAUAGAGGCCAAAGAGCGCGCCUUGCGCAUCCUCAUUGAGCAUCUACCUCAGCACUUCUCUCAGGCUGAUCUUGUGCGGCCAGUUUUACUCUUUAUAGGUCGCUUUCAGUAUAACAAAGGCUGCGAAUUCUUCGCGCCGCUAUUACAGCUCCUGGAUCAAAAGCGAGGCAGUCAUCUCAAUGACGCGCGGCUGGUCGUCAUGGGCGCACCGAACAACUUUCCACGCAAAAAACUGCUUGCAUUACAAAAACAGCAUCCCACGCACUUUACACUCAUUGAGGACGAAGCGACCCAGCGAGCUUGGGGCUCUCUCAUACGUAUGGCCAGCGAUUUUGCGCUUGUGCCCAGUUUCGCCGAGAGCUUCGGGCUCAUAGCUGCCGAAGGCUUGCUCUAUGGCAUGCCCGUCAUUUCAAGCGGGGUUGGCGGGUUAGCAGAGUUCCUGACAGAAUAUGAAGCCAGCGAGCUCGAGAUCGAAGGGAACGCUUUCUUAUUCGACGCUCUCGCGGAUCUUUCGCCCGACGUAUCCGCCAGUCAGCCAACCUAUAAAUUCGGCGAUGUGCCUAGCAGAAGUCCGACUGCCAAGCUACAUCUAGCGACUGCACAUCUCCUCAUCGCUGUGCGGAGAGCCAUCGCUGCUUGGCGAGCCAUGCAGGGAGACUCCGAGCAUAGCUGGGAGAUGCGCGAGCUGCAGGCCCGUCAUAUGGUGGCUAGCGCGCUCAGUCUAGCUUGGGAUAGAGAAGGAGGCCCUCUCGAUCAUUAUCUGCAUGUCUACGAUAUGGCGCUGCAGCGACGCAAAGAAGCUGAGCCCCAUAUCGUGGAUCUCAAAGGCUCCGUGAAGGGCGAAGAUGACGAAUACGCAGAGUAUGGUCAUCCCAGCGAGCCAGAGCCCGCGAUACCACACAGCAAGCUAGGUUUGGUCGAAGUGCAAGGGCGGACGCAUCCUAUCAAGGCGGAAUUCGAGCGGGAAAAGUUCGAUGUCAUUGCGGAGCGGCAGGCAAAGGAGGCAGCGAGGAAGCGCAAGCAGAAGAAGCGAUCGAGUAAGAACAAGAAGACAAGCCAUACGAGCUGGCUGCCCAGGCUGUGGUAGUGAUUCAGUUGCAGUCUUGUUGUACAACCGUGUCAACAUAUGGAUGCGCUACACACAAGAAAGGGACGCUACAAUUUCGCUGAUGGGCUCUGUGCAUCAGACGCUUCUUUCUGCUUCUGAGCGCGCAGUUCUGCGCGAUUAUCGGCUCUGCAGACUGCUUCUUGCGUCACAAUUGCCAAUAAUUUGCCAUCCUCUGUCCACAUCUGGCCUUCUGCUAUGCCUCGACCGUCGCCUGCGACGGGGCAAGUCAAGUGAAAGAAUGUCCAGCCAGAAGGGUCCCAGUCAUCAAAGUAGAAAUGUACGGA